AUGGAAGAACAGUUAGAUAAAUUAAAGGCUACUCCAGCUUAUCAAGAGUUCCAGAAGUUUUUGGUGACCUACCAAACUUUUGUUGAUAGAUCAGUUCCUCAUACAUUAUAUAGAUGGUGUGGAUUUGCUGGUUUAUUAUUUAUAUUCAUGUUAAGGAUUGUUUUAUCUCAAGGAUGGUAUAUCAUUUGCUAUUCUUUAGGUAUCUACCUUUUGAACUUAUUAUUGGCCUUUUUGACUCCAAAAUUCGAUCCUUCAUUAGAACAAGAAAUGAAAAGUGAAUCUAUUGAAGAGGGAUUAUCUGAAGAUCCAAAUCCAGAAGAUGAGGAAUUUAGACCUUUCAUCAGAAGAUUACCUGAAUUUAAAUUCUGGUAUAAUGCCACUAGAGCUGUAUGUAUAUCAAUCUUCUUAUCAUUAUUCACCAUUUUCGAUAUUCCAGUAUUUUGGCCAAUUUUAUUGAUGUAUUUCAUCAUUUUAUUUACCUUAACUAUGAGAAGACAAAUCCAACACAUGAUCAAAUAUAGAUAUUUACCUUUCGAUUUUGGUAAAGCCAGAUACGGAAGGCAUUGA